AUGGGAGAUCUAAUGGAAAUAACUACAUGGCCUAAUCACCGCAACAUUUUCUAUAGAAUAUCCAGUAAUGGAUUGAUAUUUGAAGUGAAGGGCCACGAAAAUGCUGCCAUUGGUUUGACGAAAAAACUUGGAACUACCUGUGACUUUAAGGUUGUUUUGGGACAAAAUCAUCAGUCCUGGAUUAAGAAAGAAGGUGGUCAAGGAGCUACAGUUCGUACACCUAAUAUAAUCAGCAAUACAGAAUAUAGGAAGUUUUGGCUUGCUUGGAGGAGUGGUGUCAUUCAGUUGGGAAGAUAUAACAAUAGAAAUCCAAUAAUUUCGUUCAGAUAUAAAGCAGAUAUCAGUUAUAUAACAUUUUGGGCAGGAAACAGUAAUAGUAUAGUUCCUAUACACUGGCGUUUUGAAUUGCCACCUCUAAUUGAAAAACCAAGACUAAAACCAGUUACUGGUGGUGAAGUACAAUGGGUGAAUGCAGAUUAUAAUUUACCAGACGGCUCUCUAAUUGGUGGCUAUGAAAAGGAAACUGUAUAUAUUAUAAGAGCACAUCAUAGUGGGUCUUUGACACCUGGUAAAUUUGUUCCUUCUUUUGGACUGGGUUUUGUAUCAUGGGGAGGUAGUUCACAUGAGAAGAUGACUUUUGAGGUUCUAUGUGGCUUUGAUUGCACUUGGGUACCAACCUAUGAAGACAGAAUACCAGUUGGAGCAGUGGAAGGUGGCUACUCGGAGGAUCGAAAUCGGGAAAAGUUGUAUGUAGGCCGUGCAGUGUAUGAUGGCCAUGUUAUACCUGGAAAGGUACAACCAUCGCACAAAGUGUGCUAUAUACCAUAUGAAAACAGAGAAGUAGCCAUCAAGAAGUAUGAAAUUUUAGUAUCUCCUUCUCAAAACACACGCUGUGCCAAUAGACUGUUGCUAGACAACAUGGAUAUUGAAAGUCCUCCAGAUUCUGAAGAAGAUGAAGACCCUGAAGAUGAAGAUGCUGAAUUUGAAGAACCUGUAGUGUUUGAAGUAGUAGAUGCACUUUGA